CCCACGCGACCAGGCUUGCUCCCCAGCACGCCAGGCACGCCUGCUCGAGCUCCAGCUCCAGCUCCCUGGGCUCCAUCUUGUCUGCCACGGCACUGCAUUGGAACCUGGGAUAUCACUUUGUCUCCAGGGCCUCGACCACCACAAUGUCUUCGUCCACCACAUCCUCGACCUUCAGACGUGCCUUCAAGAGUGUGACUCCGACUCCAACCAGCACCGACACCCUUCGCGAUCGACUCGCUGCCGUGUUGCCUCACGGCUUCAAGUUUGCCGUUUACCACCUCUCGACGCCCCCGACCAAGACCGAACCUCUCUGCUCGGCCCCACCAGACGAACGGCCAGACAAGACAUUUGGCGAAAGCCACUUCCUGACCAUCUCGAUAGAUCGCGACCACGAUGCGCCUGCCUCCUUAAAGCGCGCUUCGCCCGGUGCCGACGAGGCCAAAGCCACCGAGCCCAGAGCCCAGGUGUUGGUCUUUGCUGUCGAGAUCUUCAUCUUCACGACAGCCUACUCGACCACGCUGUUCGUGGGCAAGGCGGACUCGACUGGCUACCUGCAUCUUCUCAAGCUCCCCAAGGGCACCUCAUCGCCCAUCCGCCAAGUGACAGCCAUAUUCCUCGCCUACCUGAUCGAACAUCGUCGACGCAAGAACACACAGACCAUCGUGAACCUCUUUGCCCGCGCCCAGUCGCAGUAUCUGUUUCCAGGUAGCGUGCAAAAUGACGGCAAGCAUAUUCUCGACGACCGGGGCCUGGUCAAAUGGUGGUGCAGAGUGCUCAACCCGCUGAUGGAGGGAUUGAGAGGGGAGGCGUGGGGAACCCCGAAAGGGUACCUCCUCGUCCCGGGUCUGGAGGAGACUGACACGAGGGCCUUUGUUCCACGGACAGCUACGAGCGCGGACAACUGGGUUAUCGGCCAUCCCUUGGAAAAGAUAUCCCAUUACGUCGACGAGUUCGACUGGGUGCCGCCGCGCUGCCUGAUCCCGCGCUACCCCGACGACCCCAAAUCCCGAUUUCGCGACGAGCUGGACGAGGAGGUCUCCAAACGAAAGCAGGGAAUAUGGAAGUGGGCGAGCGUCAAAAAUCUUGACCAGUUCUGGGAAAUGAUGUCGUUUCGCCAGGAGUGCUCAAGCGGACGGCUCACUGGUUUUAUUUGGCUAGUUUUUAACCCCACCAAGAAGGAUACUGCCGCCCAAGCAAAGACUACCACGUCCACUUCGUCAUUUGACGCGCCAUUCUCGUCUCACAACCCACCCUCCACACCUCCCCGUCGGCGCGUGGAUAUCCUCGCUCAGACUCCACGCUCCAAUAGAGGCAGCCCGCUGAAACAAGAUUUGGAUGGUUUGCCCCCGCAACCGGAUCGUCGCAAGAAAAAGGACAAGUUGAAGAGAAAGAAGAAGCUGACGGGCCCCAUCAUAUCGCGACCGCCCAAGGUGAAGCGCCAGCUCCGCAACUAUCUACUCGACCGACCGACGUCGACAAAGUACUAUUACUGGCCCCUAGAAGGACGGGGUGCCAAAGUGGUUAGCGAGUCGGAAUACAAGAGGGAUAUCGAGCUUCUGUUGCACCUGGACUUUUCGACACUGGACAAGGCGGUGGGAAGUUCUCGGCGCUGGAUCAGCCAGGCAGGCGUUGGCGCUGACGAGUGGGGUGCUUCAGUUCUCGGUAAGGCUAAGACACAAGGAACCCUCUUUGGGAGUGUGAGCAGUGGUAAUCAGGGGGCCGUCGUGACCAACUUGACAGGACUAGUGCGCAGGAAAGGGCCAUCACAAGAGACAGGGCAAAGCACGGCAGGCUCUAAUGAGAGCGGGCCAAUCUCCAUCAAUGUCCUUGAUGCGGGGUUGAUACGAAAGAAGCCAAAGAACAAGGCAUGA